CCCCAGCCGUGGCGGUUCUGCUCUCACUUGGUGCAGACCCCAGGGGUGGGCAAUGCUCGUUUCUACAAGAGCUCUGAGGCCCUGUGGGAGUCACUGCUAGUUAAACCCGGGGUACUAGUCUUUAAGAGUCCCGUAGCACAGCAACAGUGAAGAACAGAAUCCCGUUAUGGUACAAGGAAUUCACCAAGGAGAAGUCUGGGAAGGCAGAGCUGCCAUGGUGCCAGCAUUUCUUCCCUAGCAUGCCAGUCUGCAUACCUGCCAUAGCUCCAGGAGACUGAAAACCAAGGUCCUACAAACCAUGCGACGCCCAGCCAGGCCUCAGAUGACCAGUUGUUUAUGAAAAGCCAUGAAGCUUCUUUGGCUGCUGAAGCCUCAUAGAAAGAAGGUGGUCUUUCUCCUCUACAAAGAAGCUUUGUUGCCAAGAAAAUGACCUACACUACUGACUGCAGAUGUCUGCAAAUGUAGAAGCUGAUAAAUGGUAUCUUCUUCCCUCCCCAUCUUUCCUGUGGAAUUUAUACUUCUAAGUAUUUUUAAAAUCAGACCUCUGUCAAAGACAUUUGGAUUACAACUGUGAGCAUAUCUAUGCAAAGAGACGAGCUAACCUGAGCAAUUUUGAGUUUUGUUCAGUGGAGGGACUGCUGUAUGUCAGCCAUGCUAAAGGGCAAGUGAUGGAGCUUUUUUACCUUUCUUGCUUUCCUGUACCCUUUGUGCUGGGCUUCUUCCCCCAGGCGAUGAAUGACUUGCCUCAUACAAGCUUUGGCUUCUGCGUACAGCCUAGAUGCAACUAAUGCCACAUGGAGGGAUGCUUGGAAAACUGAUACGUUUUGUUUUGUUAAUGGCAUGUUUUGCUCAUUGGAUUUUUUAACCCACUACUUUCUGCAUGGAUGUAUAAUAAUGACUCUUUUGUUUAACAUUAGAUAAGCAUGAGAUCACCGUGGCACAGCUGCAUGUGUAGUCACUCUUGAAGCAAUUGCACACCUAAUUGGCUGACAAUCUUGGCAUUUUUAAAACAAACACAAGCCUUUUUAAAGACAGGGGACAUAUUUAUGUAUGAAUAGUCAAAUAAACCUGUUGGGUGUCAUCAAUGGAGCCCUCUGGCACUGAACAGUUGUGUGAUGACCCUGAUCCUGGAGGCAAAGCCCAAGAUCAAGAGACCAAAAAACAACAUGAAUCAGAGCAAAAAUUAUCCAAAAUAACCCAUAACGCUUUGGAGAACAUUAAUGUGAUCGGUCAAGGCUUGAAGCACCUUUUCCAGCAUCAGCGCAGGAGGUCAUCCGUUUCCCCACAUGAUGUGCAGCAAGCUCAGGCUGAGCUGGAGCCUGACCUGGACUUGGAAAGCCAAAGCGUCUGUGCUGAAAUUGAUGGUGUCUCCACCCACCCCACAGCUCUGAACCGGGUGCUCCAGCAGAUCAGAGUGCCGCCUAAAAUGAAGAGAGGGACGAGCCUGCACAGCAGGCGGGGCAAGGCAGACGCCCCGAAAGGAAGCCCGCAGAUCAACAGGAGGUCUGCCCAGGAUAUGGGCUCAGGUCGGCCCAGAUCGUCAUCUACUACAGAUGCUCCCACAAACUUGUCCGUGAUGGAGAUUGCUGCUUCUAUCUAUGUAGGUGGAGAGGAGGCCACAGCAGCAGCAAUUGAGCGGCUGGAAGUCAGCAGCCUUGCGCAGACCUCCAGUGCGGUGGCCUCCAGCACCGAUGGCAGCAUCAACACAGACUCUGUGGAUGGGACCCCGGACCCACAGCGUACGAAAGUGGCUAUCACACACCUGCAGCAGAAGAUCCUGAAGUUGACCGAGCAGAUCAAAAUCGAACAAACAGCCCGCGAUGACAACGUGGCAGAGUACCUGAAACUGGCCAACAAUGCAGACAAGCAGCAGAGCGCCCGCAUCAAGCAAGUGUUUGAGAAGAAAAAUCAAAAGUCAGCCCAGACCAUCUUGCAGCUGCAGAAGAAACUAGAACAUUACCAUCGAAAACUGCGAGAGAUUGAGCAGAAUGGGAUCCCUCGGCAGCCGAAGGAUGUCUUCAGGGAUAUGCAUCAGGGUUUGAAAGAUGUGGGAGCGAAAGUCACUGGCUUCAGCGAGGGAGUCGUAGACAGUGUAAAAGGGGGGCUUUCCAGCUUCUCCCAAGCCACGCAUUCAGCAGCAGGAGCUGUGGUUUCCAAACCCCGGGAGAUUGCCUCCCUCAUAAGGAACAAGUUUGGGAGCGCAGACAACAUUGCUAAUCUGAAAGACUCCCUGGAGGAAGGCCAGGAAGAUGGGACAGGAGGCAAGGCUCUAGGUGUUAUUCAGAACUUCCAGUCAAGCCCAAAAUAUGGCAGUGAAGAGGACUGCUCCAGUGCCACAUCGGGCUCGGUGGGAGCCAACAGCACAACGGGGGGCCCUGUGGGAGCUUCUAGCUCCAAAACAAACACUCUGGAUAUGCAGAGCUCAGGGUUUGAUGCAAUACUGCAUGAGAUUCAAGAGAUUCGGGAGACACAAGCAAGACUGGAAGAAUCGUUUGAGGACCUUAAGGUUCGCUAUCAGCGGGAUUACUCAUUAAUCAUGCAGACGCUGCAGGAGGAGCGGUACAGAUGUGAAAGACUCGAAGAGCAGCUAAAUGACCUGACGGAGCUCCACCAGAAUGAGAUCCUCAAUUUAAAACAGGAGCUGGCCAGCAUGGAGGAGAAAAUUGCCUAUCAGUCCUACGAGCGAGCCCGGGACAUCCAGGAGGCCCUGGAAGCGUGCCAGACCCGCAUCUCCAAGAUGGAGCUGCAGCAGCAGCAGCAGCAAGUGGUGCAGCUGGAGGGGCUGGAGAACGCCACGGCCAGGAACCUGCUGGGGAAGUUCAUCAACAUCCUCCUGGCUGUCAUGGCCGUCCUGCUCGUCUUCGUCUCCACUGUGGCCAACUGCGUCGUGCCCCUCAUGAAGACUCGCAAUAGGACGUUCAGCACUUUAUUUAUAGUGGUUUUCAUUGCCUUUUUGUGGAAGCACUGGGACGCCAUCACCGGCUACUUGGAACGGUUCUUGUCUCCCCCCAGAUGAUGGCGGCAGGAAUUGGCUGCAUCGGCCUCCUCCCGGCGCUCUUGGUGAGCAAGCGUGGCAAAGAUUAGUCAGCAACUACUCCGCUGAAGUUUUAAAGUGUCCGAGUGAAUUUGUUUACAUUUAGAAUAACGUUUUUUCUCUGCGAGAUGCAUUGCAAUAGUAUUUUUUAGAUUUUAUUCAAGAACUCUUUUUGGCGAGAAUCCUGGAUAAUUUUUAUGUAGCAUGGUUCUCUUUGGAUGCAAAUCUUAAGAUUCUUUAAAGUGUACAAAAGAAAUAAAUAAAAUACAGAAAUUUGGAGCAUACCAAUGGGCAAAUUAAAUUGUGGCUUGAACUACUGUACUAAACCUGUCAGGAAGAAGAGAACGUGGUUAGCUUAAGAUGAGCAAAGCUAAAGCUAGUGCACAGCCUUGAAUGAUGGUACCACAGCAAACCUGUAACACUAAACUUUUACUGUGAAGCCUGCUCACAUUCCAUGUCCAAAUGUAUGCAUUCAGAGUGGUUUCUUUCCUUAACAAGAGAAAAACAACGGCGUGUGGAUCUCUCUCCCAGCUCAGCGUCUGGGUUCGCCGUCUGUGCUAACCUGACUCACAAUAACUCUGUAAGGCUGGCUGACUUUGCUGGGCGUAUGAAGUGGAAGCCUCAUGCCAUACACAGUAACUGCACAGUCGUGCUACAGUAUUUUGAAGUAGUCCUUGAAAUACUUAUCUUUAAGCAGAAGCCCUUGGUCGCACUUUUAAGGUUUUUUUUAUAUAUGUAUAUUCACAGAUUUAAAAAAAAUCCAAACAGCAUACUUGAAGAGUGUAAUACUCAAACUCUCAGUGCUUCCUUAUUGUUUCUAAUAGGAUUUUUUAUUAUAAUUAUUAUUAUUAUUAUUGGGGUUUUUUUUGGAAGGGGUUGGGAGGGUCAUUACUUUUUUUUCCUUUUAAAUAAAGAAGUGAUGUUUUUAAAUGAAGAAAUGCGUGAAUAAUUGUGAGCCGUCUUGUCCUGAAACAGUUUUGAGGAGGGCAGAGAGUAGUUUCUAGUGCCAGCCUGUCUGGAACGCAGCGCUCUUCAUAUGCCAUUUAUCUGUCCUCCUGAGCAUACAGAUGCAGCAUCAUGAAAAACAUCUAUCUUCUCCACACAUUUUUGCCAUGUAGGGCUUUUUUUUUUUCUUUUUCCAGAUGUGAAUGAGAGUAUGUUUAUGUUUCUCGUUUGCACGUCACCUCUCAUUCCUGGCCUCAGGAUAAGAAUAAGGAAUUUCUCUUCAUCCCUUCCUAGGGAAAAGACAGGUUCUUUUAAGGAAGGAAAUACUGAAUCAACAGUCCACUUAAAAGAAUGGUUGUCUCAGAAAUAUCUCUGAUUUUUAAAUAACCCCCUAAAAAGAGAAACCAAAGUUUUCCUCCUGUCAGGCUCUGGUAAGACCAUUUGUGUGUCUGUGUCGAGAUCUUCCUUGUACACUGUGUGUGUGGUGUGCCAUGGAGAGCACCCUCUUCUCCAGCCGUGGGGGCAAGGGCUGGGUAUAGAUUCCUCUUCAAAGCUCUGAAGGCAAUGUCAGCUUCCAGUGUAACUCCCGAGGCCUGGCAGCACGCUGUUGCUGGUCCCUCCUGGCACCGGCAGGCAGGCUUCCUGUCCAAGGCAGCGGUGUUUGCUCUCUGCUGGUUUUAUGACUGGUGUCCCUUUCACUGUAGAAAAGCCAAGAUUCAGCUUCUGUCUCCAUGAAAUCCAAAAAGACUCCAGGAUUCUCUUUCAAACCAUUUAUGGUGUUUAGUUAGAUCUUACUGUUUUCCUUCCUUCCAGGCUUAAGUUCCCUCUAGGAACCAAAUGUUGCCCAAGUGACCUAAACCAGUUGAAAUCAUACAUAUACCUAUACAGAACAUGUACAUCAAAGAUAGAUAGAUAGAUAGAUAGAUAGAUAGAUAGAUAGAUAGAUAGAUAGAUAGAUAGAUAGAUAGAUGGAUGUAGAUGGAAGCCUAGGACUUUAUGCUAUGACACAAAUUCUGGGUUCUGAGAAGUUCCCUCAAACUAGGUUAACAGCCUGGAGGGUCUUCUGGUUGCCAGUGGAGGCAAGCCCUCCACCGCCCAACCAUCCUUCCUCCUUCUGUCCGUUUUUUUCCAUAGUCACAGGAAACUCAGGUACGGCCCUCCCAGGGAUCCCAGCACACCUCUGUCACCACCUGCACUAAUCUGCUCCUGUCCUACUUAAAACACAGAUUGCCAAUUGCAGCUGACUCAAGCCAAAAAUAAUCAUGCUUUCUACAGAGUUGCAGACGGAGCAAAGAUCAUGUAAACAUUCUCUCCCUAGACCAUGCUUCUAGCUCCAGUGAAACCGUUCUGUUUACCAUCCUUCUCUGGCUGAUCCCAAUUACGUGGGUAACUAUCAUCUUCCCCUUACAUGUUUUCUGUCAGAAACAAAGGUGUGAAUAACAGUAAGAACUGAUUUGGCACAUAAUUGAAAAGCUUUGUUGCCUUUAUUUCUGAAACCUGGCCUUUACACCUCUGGUUUUCUCUGUUCUGAUCACACUAGAUUUGCUCAUGGUAGGUUUUUAUGUGCUCAAAGUAGGAAGGAGUUGAAAGCCAAUGGAUCUGGACACUCGGUGCCACUCAUCCAUAGUAUCUGAAGGAAGUGUUUGUCUCUCCUUUAUAUCCUGACUUUGUUUAGUGUCUCAACUCUGUGUCGUCUUCAGUAAAUAUCAUUUGCUAAUCUGCCAGAAGGCACAGGCUUAAUAGAAACUUAUCACCUCAAAACUGUUUGGUGAAGGCCAUGUACAUAUGGUUCUGGACAAUGUCUGUCUGUCUGUCUCUUUCUCUCUCGACAGUUUCUUCCAUUCCAGAAAGUUGUCUGCAGUAAUGCCAUGUAUGAUGCUGCAUCCACUUUUCAUAUCCUAACACAACUGCCAUGUGUUUUGCCUUUUGCAUUAGCAGAACGUUUUGGGGUUUCCCUUCCUCUUCAAUUUGAAGGUCUGUGAUGAUUUCCGAUAGCUUAACAAUGAUUAUAUCGUUGGAAAUGUGAUUCUAGCUUUAAAGCUCCCUCUCCUUGUAAGUGGUUGUGUUUGCUUUCUUGAUGAAGUGUUUCUGGAUGACGUGUAGAGGACAGUUUCCGCCAUGGAUGUGAGUGUGCGUGUGAGUACCUUUUUUAUUAGCCUUCCUUAUGGGUGUAAACUUUUUAGUGGCCAUCUCGGAGUUGCAGAAUGUUUCCCAAAGCAUUUUAUAUUCAGAGUUGACAUUCUGAAAUUGCUUAGAUAUGUUUAGCACAUAUCAACUUGGCUAUAAAAAGGGAAGAAUAUAAUGGACUGUGUUAGUUCAAAAAGCAGCAGCUCUUCAUUGAAAUUCCAUGGUUCAAAUGAAGUUCAUCUGCUUACCCCAUUUCCUUUCUCAAUGUAAAGAAAGAAAAUCUUGAUGCAAAAAAAAAUUUACCAUGUAAAAUUUUAUAAAGUUCUCUUUUCUCUCAGGCUCAUUAAUUUAGUUUAAUGAUACUCGGCAUGCUCACAGCAGGUAUUUCAUUGGUUUAUUCCAAUCCUAUGAGUUCUUAGGGUCUGAUCAGAUUAAAUGCUGACUUCUGUACAUGUUGCACUGGGACAGAAAAGCACUGUCUUUCAGCUUUGAAAAUAUGCAUUUUUUUUAAUUAAACAAGCAGCAUUAUAACAAAAGAAGCCAAGCUAUGAAGGGGUUCAAGAUUGAGUACUUUUGCCAGUUUUUAAGUGAAUUCUGAAUGUGGCUAAAGAGUUAAAAACCCUGUGUGUCUGUGUUGUGUAUGCCAGGUGGUAUAGUAGUAGGCAAUUGACUUAGCUGUAAGUGUGUUUUAAAAGUGUAAAAAAAUAAACAGAAAAACUCACUUGCACGGGUUGAAAAGUACAGAAAUGACACUUGUGAACGUAACACUGUAGUUUAUAGGUCUUAAGCUGCUAAUUGUUGAGAGAGAUUUACAUUUGUCUUGUCUGAUUGUCGCAGAUUUAUCUGUGACACUUUUACUGUAUAUAAAAAACUUUAAAUAAAGACCUCAGCUAUUAA